AAGAAGGGGAUUUUCUAUAGGAAGAUUGAGUUUUGUUCAUCCUUCAACUGGUGAGCUGUUCUAUAUGCGUAUGCUUCUCAAUGUGCAAAGAGGAUGCACCAGUUUUCGAAGUAUAAGGACUGUCAAUUCUGUUUUAUAUGAUACAUUCCAAGAGGCAUGUUCUGCCAUGGGAUUUUUAAUAGAUGAUAAUGAGUUUGUCUUGGCCAUUAAUGAAGCGGCUGAGUUAUCUUCUGGCACCCAAUUGAGAAAACUUUUUGUUUCAUUGUUAAUAUCUGGUUCUGUCUCUAGGCCCGUUUUAGUUUGGAAUCAAACUUGGAAAUAUUUAUCUGAUGAUAUCAUUUAUUACAGGCGAAGUGAGCUUCAUUUUCCAGGAAUAACAAUGACUGACGAAGAGUUACAAACAUUUUGUCUAAUAGAGAUAGAGAAAUUGCUACAGGCCAAUGGAAAAUCAUUAAGAGAUUUUGCUGGUAUGCCGCUUCCUAAUGUUAAUUUGGUCUCACAAUUUAGUAAUUCUUUGGUGUUGCGUGAAUUAGAAUAUGACAUUUCUGUGAUGCUUGAAGAACACGAUUCAAAUUUUUCAAAGUUGAAUGAAGAACAGAAGUCAAUCUAUGAUAGGAUUAUACAUUGUGUUACUAACAAGGAACACGGGUUGUUUUUCAUUUAUGGGUUUGGUGGGACUGGAAAAACUUUUUUGUAUAGACUCUUAUCUGCCAAAUUGCGUUCUCAAAGAAGAAUUGUUAUUAAUGUUGCUUCAAGUGGAAUUGCUUCAUUAUUGUUACCUGGUGGUAAGACAGCUCAUUCUAUGUUUGGUAUCCCAAUUGAAUUGAAUGAAGAUACUAUUUGUAGAAUUCCGAAAGAUAGUCCUAAGGCUGAUUUAAUUCGACUUGCUGAGCUAAUUAUUUGGGAUGAAGCUCCAAUGACUAACAAGUUGGCAUUUGAAGCUUUAGACAGAAGUUUUCGAGACAUAAUGACGUCGAUUUCAGUGUCUAACAAAGAUCUACCUUUUGGAGGAAAAAUCAUUGUUCUUGGAGGUGAUUUUCGAUAGGUUUUGCCUGUUAUUCCUAAAGCUUCUCGUGCUGAGAUUGUUAUGGCAUCAAUCAAUUCUUCAAUUCUUUGGAAGCACUUUGAAGUGUUGACGUUGACAAAAAAUAUGCGGUUAGAAAGUGCUACAAAUCAAUCAAAUUUGGAAGAAUUGAAAAGGUUUUCCGAUUGGAUUCUUCAGAUUGGAGAAGGGCGUAUUGGGACAAUAAUUAACGAAAAGCUUUUAGUUCAAAUUCCAAAUGAGUUUCUGAUUUUUCCUUCUGAUAAUCCAAUUGAUGAUAUUAUAAAUGCAAUUUAUCCUGACAUAGUUAGAAACUUUGAUGAUACUGGUUUUUUCCAAGACAGAGCCAUAUUAGCUCCAACAGUAGAGAUUGUUGAAGAAAUCAAUGAUCACAUUGUUCAAUUGCUACCUGGGACAGAAAAAGAGUAUCUAAGUGCUGAUUCUAUAUGUGGUAGUGAUGCUUAUUGUGACGUUGAUGUUGAUUGGAUAAAUACUGAGUUUUUGAAUCAAAUAAAAUGUUCAGGGUUACCGAAUCACUCAUUGAAAUUGAAGAAAGGUGUGCCUAUUAUUUUGUUGAGAAAUAUUGAUCCAGCUGGUGGUUUAUGCAAUGGUACUCGCCUUAUUGUUAGAGAUCUAGGAACAAAUGUGAUUGGAGCUGAGAUUGUCUCAGGGAGUCACAUUGGAGAUAAAGUUUUCAUUCCUCGGAUGAAUUUAAUUCCAAGUGACGCUGGGAUACCUUUCAAAUUUCAACGGAGACAAUUUCCUAUAAACUUGUGCUUUGCAAUGACUAUCAAUAAGAGU